AAGCGGAAGACUGUACAUGCCUCGUCGACCUUUUCUUCCCGUCUUCGCGCUGACUAGGUCGACGAGGGUCGUUCUUUGCCAUAUCGAAUAUCAAUAUCUGAAGGCCUUCCGACUCAACCGGAAUCGAACCUUUCAUCGCUCACAAGUACUGUGCGACUUUCCUUUCGAGUCACAAUUCUUCCUUCUUCACAAGUGCACCCUGACUACCGGGACAAAGGCUCUCAGGUUUCUAAACUUUAAUACAAGGAAGACUUGAGCGUUGGGCACCGAACCUUCUGCCCCGGGAGCGAAUGAUGCUAGUUUGGUCGUCUGCCUUUAAAGUUCAAGUUCGGAGCCCUGACGUUUUUGCUUGUCCAUUGUCCAUCGAAAAUCCUUGCAAAGCGAUGGCCAAGCCGUCAUGGAGUGCUGGAGUUUCUGUGGAAGACGAGGAUCUCUGGCUUAUGCGCGGCAUGGCCGACAUCUGCAUCUACGGUUUAUUAUCUAUACGUCCACAAUAUGAUGAUCCAGGUCAAUACAUUCUUCAGCACUAAGUAUGUCGGCUUCAUGCGUUACUGUAAAGCUUCAAAAGAUAACACGACAUCCAAAACUAUUCACGCUACUUCCCGCAGACGGGAUGCUACUGGUCGCUUACAUCAAUGAUCAUCGCACCCCGCAGGGGGGGGGGGGGGUCCCUCCCUCCCUUAGCAGACCCGACAUUGGUCUGCGUACCGGUGACUAGGACCUGGGACAAUACUGCGUGGUAUAAGUAGCAGAUGCCUCGAGUUCUUCUCAACGCUCGACAUGUGCAUCCCCGCCCAUGGUUUUCGGCAAAGUUGACUCGUAGAUCUGGUGAGUCCAUCAAGACGCUGCCUCUGUGUUCACUUAAAAAGUUGUGCAUUGAAAGACCUUCGCAUGCAACUGAAUCUCACUCAGACGCAACCUUUGAAAAUUUGAAGAUCAUGGACAUCUCCGUUGAAUCUCCAAGCUCCUCGUUUCCCCCUUCUCACAUAUCCCAACUCCCUCCAGAGUUGUUAGCGAAGAUAUUCCUGCACCUAGCUGAUGCACUUCGACCCGAGGCAAAAGCCAUGGGUUACUCCGAUUGUCGACCAUACGCUUGGCUUCCAGUCACCCGCGUUUGUUGUUUUUGGCAUGACGCAGCGCUCCGAUGCCCUUCAUUAUGGGCUUUCAUCGACAUAUCGCAUCCCGUUGAACGUAUCAGAAUGCUGUUGGCGAGAUCUGGAAGGGUCCCACUCAUCCUACUCUCUGUGUCUGCCUGCGAAAGCUGGGCCUUCUCGCUUCGUUUCCUUUCAUUUGAUGGGAUAGUUCAGGGCAUUCUGGCCGUCGUGCUGCAAGAAGUGCCUCGAAUCACGAAGCUGGACGUCAUGAUCCCGAGACCACUUUCGGCGAAGUUUGCAGUGUUGACUCAACGUCCAGCACCCAUGCUAAGGUCCCCGUGCAUCAAAAACAUCCCCCUUCUCGAUAGUCACCCGGAAGAACAUUUUCCUCUCAAUUUCGAUGUUCCCCACCUUCGUUCCCUCAAAGUAUUCGGUUUCAAGCUCUCGAAAGCAAAGACAUUACUUCGACCCUCAUUACGGAAGCUUGUCCUUGAUGUAUGCGAGUGCCCUCCUUUACGUGAGGUGUCAGAAUGCAUACGAGAGCUACCUCUCCUAUCCUCCUUAGACUUCCGCGGCUUCAACUACUUCUACCACCUAGGCGGUAGCGGUACUGACUAUCCAAAGGACUACGAAGCCGUUACUUUGAACCACCUGCAAUGGUUGCAUAUCAAGGGCAGCCGACACUACUCUCGGUUCCUCCGUGACCUUGAGGUCGCACCGGGAGCAACGCUGUUCCUUGAAAUGUCGACUGGUGGUAUGGACGGUGAAGUCGAGGACAUCGAUAUGAUGAUUUCCCGUGCUGUAACAUUCUGUGGACUACAAAAUCACAAUGCGGUGCUACCCCCGUCGCGUAUGCUGCGAUCCGUGCUUGUCCAGUAUAAAGUCGACUCGGAGCACAGAUCCGGAGUGAUAAUGGAAAUCCGAGGCUGGGAUGUUGUCUUAUCUCAUGACGUAAUUGCACUGGCAAUCGAACACCCUCGUUCACACCCCCGGCCGUUUCUUCACCUCAAACUCACAUAUUCCUUCACUGGCAUAUAUUACGACAUGGAGGCACUAUCUUAUCUCUGCCGACACUUCGAUUUCAAGGAGCUCCGAACCUUGAUAUCCGUCUUCAACGCUCGAACGAUUUUCGAUGAUGAUGUUAUUGGGCAUGGAUUAGCAGACAUUUUUGAUAGCCCCAGUAUCGAAACGUUGAUCAUGCUGGAUUGGAGUGCGAAACAGUUGGCUGCGCUGAUCACAACAGGUGACUGUAACUUUUCCAUCCAAUCUCCAGACGACCCGUUGCCUUCGCGCAUUCCCCCCAUACCCUUUUCGGGUCUCAAGACCCUCAUCACUUAUGAUCUGUUUUGGGAUACUGAUGAGGCAUCUAUCAGUCCCUCAUCGCUACGACUCUCCACGGCUCUGAAAUAUCGAGCUAAGAACAACGUUGAGAUAGAGACUCUAUUCCUUGGUUGUGGAUCAAACAUCGAUAGGGAGGACCUCGACAAACCGAUAGCAGUUGUCCCUAGCUCCAUGUGGAAUGUGAGAGAGGAGAGAGUCGAUGGCGAUAAUUCUAUUUGCUAUGCCAGUUCCGUUUCAUCGAGACUCUUGCCGGUGAAAUAGGCUUGCCGUCUCUUCGAAUAGCAGAAUUGAGUUCGGAAGAACUAACGCAGUCUAUCCCGGCUGUCGAUAACCCCAUUUGGGAUGAGACUUUGGCAUACAUACGAUAAUACCGACUCAAAAAGCAAACAUAUUGGUCGUUGUCCCCUCAAUUUCCAUCUCCGUCAAAAUCUUCUAGAGAAAGGAUGACCCUGUUGCAUCUUGCUAUACGGCCCCUUCCUCGUAUAUGGCCAUCUAAGAAACUAAAUCUCCAUCCAUGCACCAUUUCCGUCUCCGUCUUGCUUCACAUCUAUUGUCAUUUUUACCAGCAUUCGUCUGUCUUUGGCGAAGCUUGUUAGGCUAUGAGACUCCGCUGCCAGAAACCGAAGAGAAUAUCUAGAGACGCGCCUCGAGCACAGGGUUGAUAUCUCGUACCCCAUGCUAAGUUAUCACGAGUCUACUAAAACGCGACUUAUUCAGCUGUAUCUAUACCGUCUACGACGAGCUUCCCUAAUGUGGUCAAUCAUCCGAUUUGCUA